AUGCCGUGGACGGGGCGUGUCGCCAAGAUCGAGUGCGAUAAGUAUGAGACCAAACUGACGGUUCCGGGGCACAGCUUCCCUCGUGGAGCAGAGAUCAGGGUUGAUGGGAUUCCCAUGUUGGACGGGGGAAGGUUCUUCGUGGAUCAUUAUCCCAGGAUGGGAAGGAGCAGCUUCAACAUUUGCCAGAAUGUUUCUGUCGAUGUUGCGGAGAUUGACUCGGCCAACUCUGUAGUUCGCACAAAGGUACCGCACCAACUCGGCGAGAACCACUCCUCGCUCAAGCUCUUUGCCUUUGACCCGGUGGCCAACGAGCAAAUUAAGCGCAGCUAUUGCAUCCGGGAAGUCAUCGACGACACAUCCCUUCGCUUGCAGGAGUACUGUGCUGCCAAGAAGAUAUUCCUUCCAGCUGAGCUUGGAGCAGAUUGGAAGCAGACAAGACUUCAGAAAGAGGCUUGCAAAGUGGUCCUGCCACAGGCAUGCAGCAGUGAGAUCGCUGCUAUCGCGUCUCUGGUGCCGAAGCCGCCUCCCUCGCCAAAAUCUUGCUUGCAAGAGUGGCAACAAGCUGUGCGAGCGGCUCGGAGUGCCAGCAAGCUGACUGAACCUGUCCAGGAGCCGGGUCAACCAAAAAGCCCCGACGUUUCCCUACUUCGCGUUGGGAACUGCGGCUGGGAUGACUGCUCGGGCCUUUUCGAAAGAACAGCCCAUCUCGACUUCCAGAAAGAUCCUGGGCUCGUGUUCCUCCGCUACAUCGAACAUCUUGGUUGGUGUUUGUUCGCAGAUGUGCAGCCCCUGCAUCCUCUGCGGGAGGAGAGGCUCUAUCUGAACUUAGCCGCAGGGCAGGCUCCUCAGCUCCUGUACAUCCGGCAGGACCCGGAGGUUUGUGGGCAGUGGGAGCCGGUGAUCGGACCGGCUCCGGGCCCUUUCGUCGCGGUUCACCGGGAGAUCUCCGUCCGAUCGAGAGAUCAGACCGGGACCCAGCCGUCCCUCCUGCUGAUGCCAGGCGUCAGCUCCGCGGUUCUGGAUGUCUUGUGCAAUUAUUACUCUGCAGACUGGCGCGGUGGUAUGAAUCAUGCGAUGGCUUCUGACAGCGUAUGGGGGCAGAGCCCAGUUCAAGCGUUGCUGUCGGCCUUCACGCUAUUUCAGGACAUCAUGUCCUGUUCGGCAGUGUGCCGCACGUGGCGCGAGGCCUUGACUCCCUUUGCAGAUCUGCAAACUCUCUGCUAUCGUGCCUUGGGCCUGCCCGAGGGCUCUAAAGUAAAGCUGCCUUCUAUCCAGGAAUGUGUUUGUUCCACCGUCCUGGCUGGAAUGCUAUGGGAAGAUCCCAUAUCUGGUUCCGGCCAUUCCAUCUUCAGAAGCAAUGCCUGGCCUGCUCUCAUAUCAGAAGUCGAGAUCUCAAGUGAGAUGGGCGAGGAUGAAGAGCAUUCUCUGCGAGGGCCUGCGUGCGAACUCCUGAACAAACAUGCGCCGACUUUCCAGCAAGUGGCACGGCAGAUUCUUCGUGAAGUUCCGCUAGCAUGGAAAACGAAACCCCGCACACUCAGCCUCCAGUGGAUGGGUGAUUAUCAGUUAGCCACCUGCGACCUGCUGGGAUUCAGUGCUAGUGACACCGGGAAGCAAUCCUGUGAUUGCCUUGCCCAAGAAGGCGAGCUUCUGGCACUUGAUGGCUCGCGGCUACUUCCCCCGUCAACCACUGCCCUGAGCCCUUUGGAGAUCAAAGGGCUGCGGCUUCAGUCCAGCUCCUUCGGAAAGAGCUCCACGGUACGACAGGCAAAAGCUCCGGGCGCAAGGUGUGGGACCGUAUACUGCUCGAUUCCGAAGGAGGAAACGGAGGAAACGGAGCCUUCGAAGGAGAAGGAGGGUUGUCCAUUCUGUGCUGACUCUGUCGACGGCCAGGUCGGCGCCUCGCAGUUCUCGGGCUACUUCCAGAUGCUCUUCUCCACAAGUGACUCAAAGCUCAUCUCCUUUAAGAUUAAGUUUGACUUCCCGACCUGCUUUGCCACCUCCGAGGGUCCUGAGAUCAUCACCGAGUUGCAGAAGCUUGUCCCGUGGUGCAUGGACGCUCUUGAUGACUGGGACAACGAGGAUGACGGAAGCCUCUAUGGUGAGGACGUUGAUGACGACGAGGAUCCGGGCGAGAAUGACCAAACGGAUCCGGAGGAGGAAGAAAUGGAGGAGGGGGAGGAGGAGGAAGAAGUCAACGGCAUCCAGGAGCGUGAGAACGGUGGAGGAGAUUUAGAUUCGUCUUGA